AUGAACAUUCGCAAAACCAGCCACGCUUCCUCUGCCGGCGCCGCACUCGCCGCCGCCGGCCGCGUAUAUGUACUCUUCAUCGUCUCCCUCCUGUCGGCGGCAACAUCGACGAAGACGAUCCUGAUGGCCGACGCCUUGAUGACCCUCACCGUGCGCAACAACGUGACGUACACGAGCCGGCCUCUGAUGGUCCACUGCUUCUCCGGCGACAACGACAUCGGAGAAAAACCCGUUGCCUACGGCGGCGAGUACGCCUUCGACUUCGAGUCCAUGCUAUGGACGAAGUUUUGGUGCGACCUGAAACCGGAUUCCUACUUCCAUGCGUACUUCGUGGCAUGGGAAUACGGUUACGGCGAUGGCAAUGACCCGUAUUAUUUCCACGCGUCCUCUGCCGGCGCCGCCGGCGGCGGCGUAUUCGUACUCUUCAUCGUCUUCCUCCUGUCGACGGAGACGAUUCCGAUGGCUAGCGCGGCCGCGGUGACUGUCAUCGUGUACAACAACGUGACAUACACGAGCCGGCCUCUGCUGGUCCACUGCUGGUCCAGCGACGACGACGUCGGAGGAAAAUACGUUUCCUUCGGCGUCGAGUACACCUUCGACUUCGAGCCCAUAUUGACAGGGGAUAAAAAGACCAAGUAUUGGUGCAACCUGGAACCGGAUGCCAGCUGGCAGGCGUACUUCGUGGCAUGGGAACACGGUUACUUCGGCGGCGAUGGCAAUAUUGGCCCGUAUUAUUGGUACGCCGGAGACGACGCCGUUCACGGGAGGAAGGAUUAUAGCGCCUGCGACGAUUCGUAUACUUGGGAGUGGAAACAUAAGUAA